AUGGCCACCGCCAUAUCGAAAAAGAAGAUGGCGAACAACAGCAUCAAAACCAUUCUGCCGAUCAGGCGGAAGUCCGGUGCCAGCUUCAGUCCUCCGGAUUGUUCCCCGGCUAAGAAGAAGGCCCAAGGGGUGAAACGUACCAAGCAGCCUAAAUUGCGAAGCUUGCACAACAACAUGGAGCGCCAGCGCAGGAUCGACCUGCGGAACGCCUUCGAAGACCUGCGCGUCCUCGUGCCGGAAGUGAGCAAAAAAGAAAGGGCCGCCAAGGUGGUGAUACUCCGGGAGGCGGCGCAGUACUGCGACUUCCUCACCAACACCUCCGACAUUUACGCCAAGCACAUGGAGGACUUGAAGAAGCAGCAGGAGUGGCUGCGGUUGAGAGUGUCGCAGCUCAGGAGGAAUUUAGCAGCCAAACGAUAA